UCGGAUGACGAAAAAAAACAAACAAAACCAAAAUUCUUUCCAACAUAACCAUAGUAACGCGAUCAUUGGUGUAUGAUCGCUGGUUUGUUAUUACGUGUUUCACGAUUUUGGAUCGGCUGAAUAAAUUUGCUUCGAAAAAAAAAAUAAUGCCAACAUCAACAAUGAAUUCAAAUCAGAAUUCAUUAUCAUCAUCAUCAUCAUCGUUUACACGAUUUGAUUAUAUUCAAGUUGGUCUUACAUCUAGAAAUGCAAUGAAAUUGAUACGAAAACUUUCACCACAUUUAUUCGAAGUGGCUAUCGGUGAUCAUUCUGGUUCAUUACAUUAUUUCAGUAUAAAUAUGGAUAAAAAUCAAGCUGAUACUAUAUUCAAAACAUUACCGGGUCCAAAUGCUAAAAUUAAUUGUAUCGAUGCUUAUUCUGGUCUUAAACAAAAUGGUUCAACAAAAAUACUUAUUGUUUGUGGUCCUUCAAUGAUUAAAGGAUUCAAUAAAAAAGGCAAACAAUUUUUUGGUCUUGAAUUGAAUAAUCUAACUGAACCAAUUAAAAUGUUUCAAAUGCAUCGACAACCGGAUGAGAUACAUGUAUUGGGACAAUAUAUUUAUAAUAGUUAUCUUGUUAAUACAGAAUUGGUUGCCAGUGGUGGUACGGGUGGAUCAAAUUCAUCAUACAAUUCUGUUGUUCGUUCAAGACAUUAUUAUGUUUGUCCAGCACAGAUAAAUGAUUUUGUUCUUAUGGAAGAACGUUUUAAUCGACGAAUUAUACCGAUUUUAGCAUGUCAAGAUCGUCUAUUACGUAUAUUGAAAGAUUCACAAUGUAAUUUUGAAAUAGAAGUUUGUGGUAUACCAUCAGUAAUACGAUUAGUACCACAACAGCAUAUGGAUUCUCCUGAAAUGAUGAUCAAUAAUAGUGAUAAUUCAUCGGUGAAAAAAUCCAAUAAUAAUGAUAUAAAUUUAUGUUAUGGCACAAUGGAUGGUAAAAUAUCAUUAGUUACAUUUCAAUUUCAAGGUAAAGAUCAAUUAGAACCUGUUCAUCAUUGGGAAGUACCAGUCGAGGGUAUUCGACAACCAAUAACUUGUCUAUGUUUUUCGGAAAUUCAACCCGAAUUCUAUGUUGGUCGUGCCGAUGGUACCAUCGAGAUUUGGCGAUUAAAUGAAACAAUACAUGAUGGUGAUGUUGAACAACAGGUUGAUUUGACUGCUACACCAACAAUGAUUGAUUCAUAUAAUUGUAGUGAAUCGAUAACAAAUUUAUUACCAAUAAUAAUUGGUCAACGUAAUGAUCUUCUUCUUCUAUGUUCAACAUUCACUGGAAUGGUAUUCGGCUUAUUACAGCAUGGACAAACAAAACAAUUAAAACAAUUGAAUCCAAAUUAUCUUAUGAUUAGUAAAGAGAAUGCUGAUCGUAUACGAUCAUUACAGGAUGAAUGUAAACGAAUGGAGAAACAAUUGGAAAAUGAACGAAAAAAUUAUGCUAAACAUACGGCUAUGGCAUCAUCGAUGGCUAGUGCUACGAAUAAUGUUGAUCAAACACAAAUAAAUACAAAUGAUGGUAAUCUAUCUGUAUUACCAUUUUUUGCCAUCAAUGAUUCAUUUGUUCUCCAUAAUGAUGCAUCAUAUAUUCUAAUGUUGGAGGUUGAAGUAUCAAUCGAUGUUGUCGUAUUACAUUGUGAUCUACCAUUAGAUCUUAUCGAUUGUGAACGUAAUUCAGCUGUCAUUAGUUUUAAUGAUGAUCAAAUGAUUGGUGCUGGUGGUUUUGGUGAUUACAAUAUUAAUCCGGAUCAAGUAUUGGUUACAUUUCGUUGUCAAACAAAUACAAGUAGAUUGGAGAUAAGAUUACGUCCUGUUGAAGGACAACAUGGUACAAUAUCCGUUUAUGUUAUAUCGCGAAUAACACCAAAAUCCUGUCAGGCACGAUCAUAUCAGAUACAGCCACUUUCAUUGCAUAAAAGACAAUAUUCCAAUACUAGUAUUGAUCAUCCAAAUCGUUUAUCAAUAACCGGACAAUUUAGUUUAGCCGAUGCACAUACAUGGUUACGGUUAUGUAUACCGGAAAUACCGGAAAAAUUAUCCCGUACAUUAUCCGAUGUUGAAUCCGAAAUUUUAUAUUAUAUUUCAACAAUGACUAAAUCAAUAUUGAUUUGUAAUUGUGGCCGUGGUGUUAUCACAAUGACGUCGGAUAAUGUAUCAACAAUUUCGAUACUUAAAGAUUUCAUUACAAGAGAAGCUACACGACAAUCGAUUGAAAUUGAAAUCGAUGUUGAUCUAAUCGAUAAAAGUUUGGGAUCAAUGUUGGUUCGAUUAUAUCCAAACAUCCGACAAUUGAUACGACGAAAACAUCGUGAUGAUUUAUUGGAAGCAUUAGCCGAUCUACAAUCAAGUGAUGCUGAUAUUGCACGACAAUUGUUGAUUGAUUUAAAUCUGAAUCAUCAAGAUGGUGAUGAUGAAUCAAUAGUGGAUAAUUUAUCAUCGGAUAAUCGACGACAAGAUGUAAUGAUUGGUUUGGAUCGUCUUUAUGGAAUCAUAACCGAUUUGUUUAUCGAUUAUCAUAAAUUAAAAAAUAGUUCAAUGAUUACAUCAUUGGUUUCAAUGGCAAAACAAAAAUUACCCGAAAUGAUUGAAAUGAUUGAAAAAAUUGUUUUCGAUUCAUUUGAUUCAGAAUGCAUGGAUAUGAAUAAUUUUUCAUCAACCACAUUUUCUAUUGAAUCGACAUCGAUUAUCGAUGAUGAUGGUCAUUCAAUAACAACAACAACAAAUAUCGAUAAUACAAUCGAUGAUGGAUUGACGACAACCACUACGACAAACGAUUCAACUAAUAACAAUCAAACAACAACUGCUAAAUCAUCCAAUACAAUAAUACGAUUAAGUCAAGAUCCAAAUGUUAAUAUUUUUAUUGAAAAAUUGUUUCAAUUUUGGAAUCUAUCCAUUUGAAUUAAUUAAAAUACUUGUUGCCUAAUUUUAUG